AUGUUGAGUCAAGUCUACCGCUCUGGGUUCCAGGCCUUCCGCCAGCGUCUCCUGCCCGGGGUCCAGUCCACAGCCCUCUCCAGAUCUCGAGCUACAGACCGUGUCCAGCCUUCAGCCAUCAGACAUGUUCGUUCUUGGAGCAACAUCCCCUUUAUCACUGUCCCCCUCAGUCGUACACAUGGCAAGUCUUUUGCCCACCGCAGUGAGCUGAAGCAUGCCAAGAGAAUCGUGGUGAAACUUGGAAGUGCCGUAGUAACCCGGGGGGAUGAGUGUGGCCUUGCACUGGGGCGCCUGGCAUCUAUUGUUGAGCAGGUGUCAGUGCUACAGAAUCAAGGCCGAGAGAUGAUGCUGGUGACCAGUGGAGCCGUGGCCUUUGGCAAGCAACGCUUGCGCCAUGAGAUCCUUCUGUCUCAGAGCGUGCGGCAGGCCCUGCACUCAGGGCAGAACCAGUUGAAAGAGAUGGCAAUUCCAGUCUUAGAAGCACGAGCCUGUGCAGCCGCCGGACAGAGUGGGCUGAUGGCCUUGUAUGAGGCCAUGUUUACCCAGUACAGCAUCUGUGCCGCCCAGAUUUUGGUGACCAACUUGGAUUUCCAUGAUGAGCAGAAGCGCCGGAACCUUAAUGGGACACUUCAUGAGCUCCUCCGAAUGAACAUCGUUCCCAUUGUCAACACAAAUGAUGCUGUCGUGCCCCCAGCUGAGCCCAAUAGUGAUCUCCAGGGGGUAAAUGUUAUUAGUGUUAAAGAUAAUGAUAGCCUGGCUGCCCGUCUGGCUGUGGAAAUGAAAACUGACCUCUUGAUUGUUCUUUCAGAUGUAGAAGGUCUCUUUGACAGCCCCCCAGGGUCAGAUGACGCAAAGCUCAUUGAUAUAUUUUAUCCCGGAGAUCAGCAGUCUGUGACCUUUGGAACCAAGUCAAGAGUAGGCAUGGGUGGCAUGGAAGCCAAGGUGAAAGCGGCCCUCUGGGCUUUGCAAGGUGGCACUUCUGUGGUUAUUGCCAACGGAACCCACCCAAAGGUGUCUGGACAUGUCAUCACAGACAUUGUGGAGGGAAAGAAAGUUGGCACCUUCUUUUCUGAAGUAAAGCCUGCAGGUCCUACCGUUGAACAGCAGGGAGAAAUGGCUCGAGCAGGAGGAAGGAUGUUGGCCACUUUGGAACCUGAGCAGAGAGCAGAGAUUAUCCAUCAUCUGGCUGAUCUGUUGACGGACCAGCGUGAUGAGAUCCUGUUAGCCAACAAGAAAGACUUGGAGGAGGCAGAGGGGAGACUCGCAGCUCCUCUGCUGAAACGUUUGAGCCUCUCCACAUCUAAAUUGAACAGCCUGGCCAUCGGUCUACGGCAGAUCGCAGCCUCCUCACAGGACAGCGUGGGGCGUGUUUUGCGUCGAACCCGAAUUGCCAAAAACUUGGAGCUAGAACAAGUGACUGUCCCAAUUGGAGUCCUGCUGGUCAUCUUUGAGUCUCGCCCAGACUGUCUACCCCAGGUGGCAGCCUUGGCUAUAGCAAGUGGUAAUGGCUUAUUACUCAAGGGAGGGAAGGAGGCCACACACAGCAACCGGAUUCUUCAUCUUUUGGCCCAAGAGGCCCUCUCAAUCCAUGGAGUCAAGGAGGCCAUACAGCUGGUGAAUACCAGAGAAGAAGUGGAAGAUCUUUGUCGCCUAGAUAAAAUGAUAGAUCUGAUUAUUCCACGUGGCUCUUCCCAGCUGGUCAGAGAUAUCCAGAAAGCUGCUAAGGGGAUCCCGGUGAUGGGACACAGUGAGGGGAUCUGCCACAUGUAUGUGGAUUCAGAGGCCAGCGUCGAUAAAGCCACCAGACUGGUCCGAGACUCUAAAUGUGAAUAUCCAGCUGCCUGUAAUGCUUUGGAGACUCUGUUAAUUCACCGAGAUCUGCUGAGAACACCAUUAUUUGACCAGAUCAUUGACAUGCUGAGAGUGGAACAGGUGAAAAUUCACGCGGGCCCCAAGUUCGCCUCCUAUCUGACCUUCAGCCCCUCCGAAGUUAAGUCCCUCCGAACUGAGUAUGGGGACCUGGAAUUGUGCAUUGAAGUGGUGGACAGCGUCCAGGAGGCCAUCGACCACAUCCACAAGUAUGGCAGCUCGCACACAGAUGUCAUCGUCACGGAGAACGAGAAAACAGCAGAGUUCUUCCUCCAGCACGUAGAUAGUGCCUGUGUGUUCUGGAAUGCCAGCACUCGCUUCUCUGAUGGCUACCGCUUUGGACUGGGAGCUGAAGUGGGCAUCAGUACGUCACGGAUCCACGCACGGGGACCAGUAGGAUUGGAGGGACUGCUCACUACAAAGUGGCUACUGCGGGGGCAGGACCACGUGGUCUCCGAUUUCUCUGAGCACGGAAGUUUGAAAUAUCUUCAUGAGAACCUCCCUGUGCCUCAGAGAAACACCAACUGA